AUGGCACCGAGUCAUCUCCUGCGGGCUAUGCCCAUCCGCUCAAUCGCGUCGCCGAUGAGCCUGGCACGAUCAAGCAUCAUUCCUUCCACCCUCUCUCUCCGCCAGAGCAUUCGCUACAAUUCUUACACACCCACCGAAACCACACAAGAACCCAUUGAGCCCCAACCAACCUUCUCCGCCACCUCGACCAUCCCCAAAUCCCAAACUCUCAACCCACCCACUCUGCUCCGCGAUUAUGCCUCCUCGACUAAGACCGGCACCGUCGUCUCCGUUGGCUGCAUGGACCGCACUGUCACCGUGGUCUACCGCUCUAACGAAUGGGACAAGCACAUCCGCAAAUACUACCGGAAGGAAGUCAAGGUCUUGGUCUCUGACCCGCAAAACUCUCUGCGCAAGGGUGACGUGGUUGAAUUCUCUUCUGGUGCUCCCAAGAGCCGCCGCGUGCAUCAUGUCAUUGAGCGCAUUAUCACUCCUUUCGCCGUACCCAUUGAGGAACGACCGGCUGUUUUGACGCGAGAGGAGCGCGAGCAGGAGCGCGAGAAGCGCUGGGCUGCAAAGUAUGUUCGCCGGGAGUCGAGGCGGCUGGGCGAGGAACUUGAUUUGGAGGCCAUUGCUCGAGAGGAGGGUUUGGUCCAGGAAGGAGAGACGGUCUCUACGGCAGGUUUGAUUCACCGAGUUUUCCUCGGACAAGAGCGCAUCGGCAAGGUGAAGAAGCUGGUGCAGGAGCGGACCGCUGAAGUCCAAGCAUGA